AUGCUCAUUCGAGACGUAAUUCAAUCUCAAAAUUACUUUCUUUCAGGUUUGUCCAAAGAAGGUGUGACACUCGACCAGAUUAAUAGCGUGGUAAUUACGCAUGGUCACCCUGGUCACAUGGGCAACAUAAACUUCUUCGCACAGAAGCCCAUUCUGUUCCACUCGAUGGAAUACAUUGGUCGUCAUGUCACACCUACAGAACUGAACGAACGUCCCUACCGCAAACUCUCCCCUCAUAUCGAAGUAUGGAAGACGCCCGGACAUACGCAGCAAGAUCUCUCUGUCUUGGUCCACGAUGUGGCUAGUUACGGAACAAUGGCAAUCGUCGGUGAUCUUAUACCGAGCGAGGCACUGCUGAGUGAAAAGCGUGACGCUCUGGACGCGGAGACCGUUUGGGACUCAGCCAUCAAACGUCAAAAUGCAAAUCUUAUCAUAUGUAUGGCCGACUGGAUCGUCCCUGGACAUGGUCAACCGUUCCGUGUUCUUCCACAUUACAGGUAA